GCAAGAAGAAGCAGAAAAAGGGCAAGACUUUGACCCUGACUGACUUUCUGGCAGAGGAUGGUGGAGGAAAUACCCCUGCCUACAUUCCCUCAAAGCCUGUAAGCUGGGCAGACGAGACUGAUGACUUGGACAAUGAAGUUUCCACCGCCUGGCCCAGCGCUGACGAAGAUAUGUACAAGCCAGCGAUCAACCGGGCGUUGCUGCCUACGGCGCCUCGCGCUGCUCGGGCCCCGGAUGUUGACACGACCCGUCUGCCGAAAUACCCGCCAUACACAGCCUUUCUGGGGAAUUUGCCUUACGAUGUGUCUGAGGAGUGCAUUCGAGAGUUCUUUCAUGGAUUGAAUAUCAGUGCAGUUCGUUUGCCGCGGGAAUCCAUGAACCAGGAUCGGCUGAAGGGAUUUGGCUAUGCGGAAUUUGAUGACGUGGAUUCCCUGAUAAAUGCUUUGAGCCUCAACGAAGAGAUGCUGCAAAACCGGAGAAUAAGAGUGGAUAUCGCAGAUCAAGCUCAGGAUAAAGACAAAGACGACCGAUUCGGGAGGGGAGGAGAGCGCGACAGGACUCGUGACCUGGAGAUGGAGACCGACUGGCGAGCCAGGCCAGCCCCCAGCAACGAUGAUUAUCCCCCGAGAAGAAGCGAUGAUUCCUUUGGUGAGAGAAGUCGAGAUCGUUUCGAUUCGGAUCGAUUCCGUGACCGAGAUGGUCCCCGUCGGGAUGGAGAUAGGUUUGACGGAAGAGACCGUUUCCGGGAUGAUGGGUUCAAGGAUCGUGGCUACGAUCGAGGCGGGAGCCGGCGCGAGUUCGGCACCGGCUUCCGACGGGACACCUAUGACGACAAGCGGUCUGAUGAUUUCCGAGGGGGCGGCGAUCGUUACGGCGACCGCUACAACUCUGGGUUCGACCGCUACGAGAGGAGAGAGGAAAGAAGAAGCGACUUCAGCUCGAGAGAUGAUAUGAGGCAUGAAGAUCGAGGUAGCGUCCAAAGACCGAAGCUCAACCUCCAGCCCCGCAGUGUCUCGAACCAGGAGGUUGUCCGUGCCCCUCCCCCGCCCUCAUCCGGAAGAUCCGCGUCCAUUUUCGGAGCCGCCAAACCAGUGGAUACAACGGCCAAGGAACGGGAGGUGGAGGAGAGACUGAAGAAAGAGCAGGAUAAGCUCCUGCGGCAGCUGGAUGAUCAGGAGAGAGGAGUCAAGACCAUCAGGCAGCCGAGAGAGAGGCACCCGAGCUGGCGAACCGAGGACCAGCCAGAGCGCUCACGUACAGCUAGCGAGUCCUCGCAGCCGAGCAGCUCCACCAGCAGAGUGAGGAGAGAGAGCGAAAAGUCUUUGGACAACGAUGUCUUCAAGUCCGAGGAGCCACCGCAUUCGCCGGCGUCCAAGUCGACUAAGUCCGAUCAGCCUCCACCUCUUAAGGUGGUUCCUGCCCCUCCGCCGAAGGAGAACGCCUGGGCCAAGCGAACAAUGGCCGGCUCGUCCCAGAGCUCCGACACUGAGGCCAGGCAAUCUCUGUCCCCUGACAGCAAGUCAGAAGAUACAUCACAAGGCGAAGACAGGGCUGAGGUCGCCGUGGAUCCUUUUAUGGGAGAUCAGAAUGAAGAGGGUCCAGGGGUGAAGAGAGAGACCACCUCCCCCACGGGGCAGGGCGGGGGGAGUGGCGGGGUCAGCCAGGGGCGGAGCGAAGGUGCGAACAAGGACCGGAGGAAGGAGCCAGACAGGAAAGACAAGAGGGAUUCAAAACCUGCAACUGAGCCAAAGAAAUAUGAAGAGUCGUCUCCACCUAAGUUCAGCUCAGCGAGCAAAUACGCUGCGUUGAUGAUCGACGAAGACGGCGAAGAGGGCACAGACUAAAAAAAAAAAACACACACAAACACAAAGCGAAAGCGAAAAGGUCUACGGCGGGGAGGGGGGGGCGGGGGGGGAAAAAAA